UGAUGACAAUGAGUCUGUUAGCUAAAAGUUAUCUGAUCUGUGUUUUCCUUUUUAUUUGUCAUAAAAAUAGGUUGCAAUAAAAGUCAUGAACAAGAAAGAACUUGGUUCAGAUCUACCACGAGUGCAACGGGAAAUAGACGCUAUGAAAAAUCUAACGCAACAACAUGUUUGCCAGCUCUAUCAUAUCAUCCAGACAGAUGAAUACAUCUUCAUGGUCAUGGAGUAUGCACCAGGUGGAGAACUGUUUGAUUACAUUGUUGCUAAGGACAAACUCAAGGAGGAGGAAGCUAGGGGUUUCUUUAGACAAAUAGUUUCUGCUGUGGCUUAUAUCCAUGACAGAGGAUAUGCUCAUCGUGAUCUUAAACCAGAAAAUCUGCUUCUUGACGAAGAUCAGAAUAUCAAACUGAUCGACUUUGGGUUAGUAGCCAAACCAAGAGGUGGAAUGACAGAUCAUUUGGACACUUGCUGUGGAUCACCUGCCUAUGCAGCUCCAGAACUCAUAUCUGGCUUUCCUUAUCAUGGAAAUGAGGUGGAUCUCUGGAGUAUGGGAGUGCUACUGUAUGCUCUUCUGUGUGGAUUUCUGCCAUUUGAUGACGAGAACACUUUCAAGUUGUAUAAACUAAUUCAGAAAGGACAAUAUGAAGUACCAGAAUGGCUAUCACCAGGAAGUGCUAGAAUUUUAAGCCAGUUGUUACAGGUAAAUCCCAAGAAGCGAGUGACAAUUAAACAGCUGCUGAACCAUGAAUGGAUGAUGAAGGGUUAUGCGGCACCUGUGAGAUGGACAAGUCGCAUCAAGAAGGAUAAGCCAGAUCCUGAUGUUCUCCUGGAGCUUGCAUCAUAUUAUGACCUAACACCGGAGGCCAUGAUGAAAAAAGUGCUAGAGUGGAAGUAUGAUGAAGUGACAGCUAUGUAUUUCCUUCUCUGCAAAAAGAAGAGCAAGGGACAGCUGCCAGAGCUUUUGCCAAGAUAUUCCAAAGCAAGGACCAGGAAGCGACUGGACAGCAAAGAAAAUGAGCAUCCCAAUGUUCCCAACUCGGAAAAUGCGGAAUACAUUCUUCGUCCACCUAAGCCCAUGCCUUACUCUGAGCAUCAGGCUAGAAAGGCCAUGAUAAACAAGGAGGAAAAUAUGGAACCACCUCUGAGGAAGCUCCGAGCAGGGACGCUUCCUUCCAGUGUACCCACGACACCUACUAAAAAGGCACCCACUGAGAUGCCACCACCGCUAGCCCCAAUUACACCACGAGCCAGGAAAACACCUGCCAGAGGAGCUGCUGCUGAUAUACCUACGUCUCAUUCAGAUUAUGACUUUGGUAGUAACGACCUUACACCAAUAUCUCAAUCAAAAAUGUGGUCCCAGUCCCUAGACACUAACCUGGACAAGGCCACGUGCAAGAGAACGCCUUUUAAAUCUCCAUUUACAAUCGGAAGGAAAAGGUUCGGUUCUGUAGACACGCCCUCGAGUACAAGCAAGUGGAGCUCACGGGGGAUUAUGGGUAGCAUUGAAGAUGGACUCAACAGAAUUGUGGAAGCAAUUACACCGAGGGGACUCGGGGGACAUGGGCCGAGGAAAGUCAAGGCUCUAUAUAAUGUUUCUUCAACCUCCACAAGAAGUUCAGACGAGGUUCUUGACGAACUGAAGCGAGUUCUGCAAGACCGAGACAUUAUGUACAAAGAAAAAGGGUACACUCUUCGAUGUAAAUCUAUAGACGACAGAGGAAAGGUUCUUCUUGAAUUCGAAAUGGAAGUUUGCCUCAUUCCGAAAAUGGAAAUGAUAGGUGUACGCCGAAAACGUAUGAAAGGAGACACAUGGGCUUACAAGAAAGUAUGUGAAGAACUCUUGUCCUCUGCAAAGCUUUGAAAAUCCACGAGAACCGCACGUGACCUGUGCGUGUUAAUUGUCCAAUUAGAAAGGCUUCCGAAAGUGAACCUGGACUUAUCAUGGCAUUGCGCUUGCGUGGAGAUACGCGCGCUUGUACAGCGGUGGCUAUCAGGCCUUGCAAAUAGUUGUCUAUGUACAGAAUAGGAUUUUAGCGGUUUUAGUGUUAAAGUUAAUAUUUUCAUGAUUUAAAUUUGACUGUAACAAUGAGGAAAAGAACUGUGGAUGUUGUUCACUGCGUCCGAGAGUCAUCUUACUAGUUCUACAGUGUCAACUAAAAGCAGUUUGUUUACGUUUAUUGAAUGUCUAAACAAGGACCUGAUCAGCACUAGAUGAACAUUAGUAGCUGUAAAUUGAACGUGAGCUUACCGAAGGCUUUUUUGCAUUGCGUUACAUUGACAAAACUUUAGGGAAGGUAAAUCCUCGACCCAGUUGUAAAUUAUCAAGUGAAGAUUUGGACAAAUUUGAUUUUCUUACGUCAGGUUUGGAAAAAUAAAAAUCCAAAUGGUGAUAUUGGUUGAUCGGUUUAGAAAUAGAUUUUAAACGCCCACAUCUCGUAAUUAAAUUUCUUAUACUUGAAACGGAUUUUUGUCUAAUUUUGAAAUUAAGAUACAUUGAUUCGAUUUAUUGUUCCUUAUCAAAUAAAACUAUGAGCUAAGAAGUAAAAUUACAUGUAAAGUAACAAGCAAAUUUGUAGUAUAUUCAAGGGAAAUUGUGCAAGAGAAUCCAUUCAAAGCCUUUGGUGUAUCUGGUUCAUGGAAUUUUCUGUUACUGUAUAGUUUUUCUUGGUCAAGCUGCCACAGGUCAAAAAGUUUAGUGCUUGAUCAGCUAAAUGCUCAAUUUAUGUUCAAAGUUGGGAUUUUAUUUGCUGCAGGUUUUGAUAAAAAGUGUCGCUGCUUUUGGAAAAAAGGUACUAGCUUCUAAAGAAACUGUUGGGCCGGGUUGGUAGGCAAUUGAAACACGUGGCUAUUUACUGAUAGAGGUAAAUUAAAUGCUGGAGCCCGUUUCUGAAGCUGACAAUUCGAACGAGUGUUAGCCCCACAAACCUUGCUACGGUUCUUUAUAAUGACCGUCGUAAAAUGAUUUUUGAUCAUUCGUAUUCUGGUCGGUGCUAAUUGUUUUUUGGUAAGGGGAGGGGGUGGGGGAACCCGGCUUGUAUGAGAAUACGGCCCUACUCGAGGACGUGUUUUCCUGUGGUAACCACUGGUGAAUGUAUUAGAUUUAUGAGUUCGAGUCAGAAUUUCAAGUUCAAGUUGAGUUUUGAGUUUGGUAGAAUUUCGUGUGGGUGCCCAUUUACGCUUGCUUUCCUUGGGCUUUUAGUUUCAUUUUCGCCCAAAUUUGACUGUACCUGUUGACUUUUAUUAUACGACUAACAGGAAUGGUUUCGAGGCCAGUCGCGGUCGUUCUGUCAAGGGAUUGGUUUUGAGGCUAAAAAGAGUAACUUGACGUUUUAACUCGAACUCAUGAAAUCAAGCAAUGUCAUCACUCCUAAGUGAAAUUGUCACUAUAUACGGGUUGUUUAGUACAUCCAAGUUACUCGUGUGUUGAAUAUCAUAAUGUUGAGUUAAUAUUAGUGUACGUGGAAGAGUGGAAGAAGCGUCUCUUUGUAGAUGCAACUCACCGGGUCGUUGAUUAGGAACAUUGAACAUUAUGCAAUUGGUAAUGAAUAUCUCUGUACAGUCACAACUGUCAUAUCAGGUAGCAGUUCUUUUUUUCUGUCCAGAUUGUUGUUACUCAACCCUCGGUAAACUUGACCGACGGUGUAGGGUUUAUUGCAAAAUAUUUUAUAAGAAGUUGAAUGUAGCGGUAAAUGUAAUGAUUAAAGCAGACAUAUUGUUGAGUUAUUCAACGUUCUAAAAUGAAAAUAAAUGCACUAAAAUAGAUGUA